GAGUGACCCGGACGUGCAACCGAGGCCCGUUUUUCUGCCUGCAGCCUCCUUCCUGUAGCCCGGUUGAGGAAGUGAAUUUCGCUGACAGGGCUGGGUUCAGUGAGGGUGAGGCGAAAAACAUCUUCCGCGGGGGGGUUAAAAAAAAAGCGGACAAGAAACGGCAAAACAACAAGAGGAGCGAGGAGCGACUGGAGGAAUCACAGUGAAGCUACGGUGUACGGCCAUCAGUGAAAUCGUUCUCCCCUUGCCCCGCUGAGACCGCCGCAGACAUGAGUGACCAGCAGCUGGACUGUGCUCUGGACCUGAUGAGGCGUCUACCGCCUCAGCAGAUCGAGAAGAACCUCAGUGACCUCAUUGACCUGGUGCCCAGUCUGUGUGAGGACCUCCUGUCCUCUGUGGACCAGCCUCUGAAGAUUGCCCGGGACAAAGUGGUGGGAAAAGACUACCUGCUUUGUGAUUACAACAGAGACGGCGACUCCUACAGAUCCCCGUGGAGUAAUAAGUACGACCCUCCCAUCGAAGAUGGUGCAAUGCCUUCAAGUCGCCUGAGGAAACUUGAGGUUGAAGCCAACAAUGCCUUUGACCAAUACAGAGAACUGUACUUUGAGGGUGGCGUUUCCUCUGUGUACCUCUGGGACUUGGAUCACGGUUUCGCUGGAGUUAUUCUUAUCAAGAAGGCGGGCGAUGGAUCGAAGAAAAUCAAAGGGUGCUGGGACUCCAUCCAUGUGGUGGAGGUGCAGGAGAAGUCCAGUGGUCGCAGCGCUCACUACAAACUAACCUCCACCGUCAUGCUGUGGCUCCAGACAACCAAGACUGGCUCUGGCACCAUGAACCUGGGCGGCAGCCUCACAAGACAAAUGGAAAAAGACGAAACAGUUGGAGAAUCCUCACCUCACAUCGCCAACAUUGGCCGCCUUGUCGAAGACAUGGAGAACAAGAUUCGCUCCACACUGAAUGAAAUCUACUUUGGGAAGACCAAGGACAUCGUCAACGGCCUAAGAUCUAUUGAGUCUUUGCCCGAUAACCAAAAGUACCGGCAGCUCCAGAAGGAGCUGUCGCAAGUCCUCACCCAGCGUCAGAUCUUCAUUGACUAAGGCCAGAGGAGUGUUCAGACUCUGGCUGACAAGUCAAAGCAGGAGGCUCUGAAGGUCGACCUGCUGGAGGCACUCAAACGCAAAUACAACUAGAGAUGCUACUGUUAAUGUUUCUUUUGUUUUUUUCCUCCUCAUCUCUCUCUCUCUUUCCGCCUCAUGCCAUGGUUUCUGUUUCUUUGUCCUUUCCCUCCAUGCCUGUUUACGUUGCUGCACUCUUGUUUAUUUGUGGAAAAUACAAAAAGGAGAAACUGCUUAGCUUUUCAUGUUUUGUUUUCAAUGCGUCUCAUCUGCCAUGAAGCCAUUCACUCCCUCUGUCUCUCGCCACCCCAUCCCCCACCCUCCCCGUUUUCUUUUUUUUGUCUCUUCUCUCCCACGUUAUAAAUGUAAUGAUAGUAUUACCACGGUUAAUGAUAAUCUUACAGCGUGAAGGUCAUUGUAUCAUAAUCCCUGACGUUGUCGCAGCCGGCGUGUCCCUCGGACACGAGCUGUGCUAUAGGUGGCGUAGACGAUGUACAUCAAAUUUUAUUUCUUGCACCUAUUUUUGUCGACGACACCCUUCAUAUAUUUGUAUAAAAAUUAUAACUACGUCCACGUCCGACUGUCAUUCUUCUUUGUUUUUUGGCCGUUGUAAACGGUGCCAACAGGAGGGGGCGACCUUCGGUGUUUGUUAGGUUUGUUUUCCACUCUGUCUGCAUGCGUGUGAAUCUGUGUGGGAGUGAAAAUGUGGACUUAUCAAACGUGAGAAUAGACUGUUCUAAUGGACAAGUUACACCCUUAUCACCCUCAUCAUCAUCCUCCUCAUCAUCCUCAGCCCUGCACUGUAAAACAUGAUCGUUCGCCCUCUCCUCUGUUUCGGCGUCUUCAACUCUUCUCUCUCCUCACCUACUAUGUCUUUGUUGGGGGUCACAGUUUUUGUCUUUUGUCUCGGUGGAAACAUUUCACUGUUUCCAUUUUGGAGGGGAAUCUUUUAUUGUAUUUUUUUUGUUUUGUUUUGUUUUUAUUUUGUAAAGCUUAUGAUUCAUAUUGUAUUAGAGCCUCCAGCAACAAUAAAAAUGGUGAAAAAUCUCA